AUGGACGUAGAAUGCGAGGAGAGUCAGUACGGUCUGGAUUGUUUGGAAGCAUGUGGCAGUUGUCGAUAUCAGCAUCUAUGUAAUCACGUGAACGGAACCUGUAGAGGAGGUUGUAAACUUGGAUAUAAGGGAGAUAAGUGCGAUGAAGUUCAAGGGAAAGAAGGGUCUGACUGGCAAUCCCGAUUUUAUGGAGUUCUAGCUGCACUUUGUGUAUGCGUGGCCGUCCUCAUCGUGUUUAUAGUAGUUAUGUUACUACAACGAAGGCGUAAGAAUGGGAUGGAAACACGAAAAACACUUCGUGAAAGUCAGAUUCCUCAGUGUGAAAUUAGUUGCGUCGAUGUAAAGACCAAUGAAAAUGACAAAAGUGAAUACCAAGAGCUUGGUGACAAAAAUCUGGCUUACAAGAAACCUACAUGGCAAAGCACCAGUCAUGAUUCUACGGUUGGUUCUGAAAAGGCUGUUGAUGGGUUGUAUAAGGAUAGAUCAUAUACCGGAAAACAGUGCAGCAUAUCGUCACAGGGACACUCAAAUGUAACGUGGUGGGUAAAUCUCAUCAGGAUCCUAAGCGUACAUCAUUUAGUGAUAUACUACAGGACGGACAACCUGAAAUGGGAUGAAAAUCUUCAAUACACUUCGAGAUUUCUUGGAUUCUCUCUGUACAUUUCCAACACAACAGAAAGAAACAGUGGUGAAUUGUGUUUCCAUGACACAGAAUUUACAAAAUCAACUAUACCGGACACUUUCAACACAACAUGUACUAAACAAGGACAAUACGUCAUCUAUUAUAACUCCCGACCUCAGAAUAAUGACACAUUAAGGGGACUUUCACAAGAAGCAUUUAGUGAACUCUGCGAAGUUGAAGUAUAUGGUUGCAAUGAAACAGGCUAUUACGGAUCAGACUGUUCCCGUCCCUGUCCUGAUACAAACUGUCGUUAUUGUCACAUAGAGACGGGUGCGUGUCAGGGGUGUAAACCUGGGUACCAGGGACAUCAAUGUGAAGAAGAAUGCGAUGGAAAGAUGUAUGGGGAUUCUUGUAAGGAGGAGUGUGGAACCUGUCUGGGAUUUAAACAAUGUCAUCACGUCAAUGGUUCCUGUCCUGAAGGCUGUGACGCUGGAUAUGAAGGAGAGCUUUGUAAAACAGCUUGUUCCAAGGGGAAAUUUGGAGUAAAUUGUAAACAGAACUGCAGUAUGAACUGUGCGUUAUCUCACAUGUGUAACGGAACAUCUGGGGAGUGCGAGGGGGGCUGCAAACCUGGCUGGGAAGGGCUUCAAUGCAAUAAUGGUAAUUCCUUUUAA